UAAAUGGAACAUAGAAACAAUGAAACUUACUUUGUCCUCCUGGGACUCACACAGAAUCCAAAGGAGCAGAAAGUACUUUUUGUUAUAUUCUUGUUCUUCUACAUUUUGACCAUGCUGGGGAACCUGCUCAUUGUCAUAACUGUAACCUUCAGUAAGACUCUGCACUCUCCAAUGUACUUCUUUCUUGCUAACUUGUCAUUUUUGGACAUCAUUUAUUCAUCAGUCAUUUCCCCAAAUUUGAUUUCAAACUUGUUUUUAGGAAAAGUAAUCAUAUCCUUCAAGUUUUGYAUGUYUCAGCUYUUUGCAGAACACCUUUUAGGAGGGACAGAGGUCACUCUUCUGUUGGUGAUGGCCUUUGACCGCUAUGUGGCCAUCUGUAAGCCCUUGCAUUAUUUGCUWAUCAUGAGGCCAUGGGUGUGUGUGGUACUGCUGGUAGUCUCCUGGGCUGGAGGUUUUGUGCACUCUGUAUUUCAACUUGGAACUAUUUACAGGCUCCCUUUCUGUGGCUCCAAUAUCAUUGACCACUUUACGUGUGACAUGUAUCCCUUAUUGCAACUUGCCUGUGUUGACACYUAUGUCACUGGCCUCUUAGUGAUUGYCAAUGGGGGACUGAUGUGCUCUAUUUUGUUUCUGCUCUUACUCAUGUCUUAUGGUGUCAUCUUCCACUCUYUSAAGAACCUGAGUCAGGAGGGGAGGUGGAAAGCUCUCUCCACCUGUGGCUCCCACAUCACWGUGGUUGUCCUCUUCUUUGUCCCCUGUAUUUUCAUAUAUGCAAGACCAGCCAAGACUUUCCCCAUUGACAAGUCAGUGAGYGUGUUUUACAUGGUCAUAACCCCCAUGCUGAACCCCUUCAUCUACACUCUGAGAAACUCAGAGAUGACAAAUGCUAUGAGGAAACUCUGGAAAAGAAGUCACAUCAGGUAG